AUGGACAUGGUGGAAAAGAACAUGAACAUGAAUAUGGUGGAGAAGCCUGGGGAGAGUACUGGUAAUGAAGGAGAGGAGAUAAAGAGAGCUAAUUGGAUGGAGAGGCUUGUGGAACUCAGAAGUAAGUGGAGGAAUAUAUGGCAGCAAAAACAGGUUGAGAAUGAGGAGGAAGACAACAAUAAUGGAGAGGAGGGUUGUUGUGCAGAGGGUUGUAGUUUAGAAGAAAAGAAUGGAGAAAUGGGAUACAAAUCAUAUGAUCCUGAAUCUUUCUCAAGAUUUUUGGUUAGAGUUCCAUGGUCUGAAACCAAGCUAUUUUCUAAACUAGCUUUCUUGUGCAACAUGGUUUAUGUGAUACCAGAGAUCAAGGGCGAUGUUUUGAAGAGAUACUAUGACCUACAAUUUGUAACAUCUUCAUUCGAAAAGAAAGCCGAGGCAGCUGCUUACACGGAAGCUUCAACAAUGACAGUAGUGGUAGCAGCAAGCGAAAGUGAAAAACAUGAAACAACGAAGGACUUUCGAGCAGGCCAGCAUUCCUCACCAUGUGAAUGGUUUGUUUGUGAUGACUCUAGUACUUUUACUCGCUGCUUUGUGGUUCAGGGACUAGACUCCCAUGCAUCUUGGCAGGCAUACCUCUUAUUCGAACCGACUAAAUUUGAGGGGACAAAUGUACUUGUUCACAGAGGAAUCUAUGAAGCAGCAGAGGCAAUGUACGAGCAAUUCAUGCCAGAAAUUUUAGACCACUUAGAAAGAAAGGGGGAGCAAGCGAAGUUUCAAUUUACAGGCCAUUGCAUUGGAGGAAGCAUUGCUCUUCUAGUCCACUUGAUGCUACUAACUAGGAACCUUGUCAAGCCCUCCACUCUUCGGCCAGUUGUCACGUUCGGCUCACCAUUUGUGUUCUGCAAAGGGCCGAAAAUACUUGAGCAGCUGAGUUUGGAUGAGAGUGAUCACAUCCAUUGUGUGAUAAUGCAUAGAGAUAUUGUCCCUAGAGCCUUCUCUUCCAACUACAAUAACCAAGUGAUUACACUCCUAAGGCGUUUAAAAGGUUCAUUUCAAACACACCCUUGUCUAAUUAAAAGUAAACGUUUGUACUCGCCAAUGGGCAAUCUGUUCAUUCUCCAACCUGAUGAAAAGUCAUCUCCUCCACACCCUCUGCUCCCUCCGGGGAGUGCCCUCUAUGUUUUGAACAAAACACAGUGUGGGUCCUCUUCAGGUGUCUUGAGGGCCUUCUUGAAUUCGCCACAUCCACUAGAAACCUUUAGUGACCCUGCAGCUUAUGGUUCAGAAGGUACAAUCUUACGGGACCAUGACUCUUGCAACUAUCUAAAGGCUAUGAAUAUGGUUCUAAGGCAACACACGAGGAUGGUUGUGAGGAAAGUGAGGAAGCAAAGGAAUCUCUUGUGGCCGAUCCUUACUUCACCAUCUCCACACUCAUGGAAUGAUGAAGAUAAAAGUGACUUGUAG